CAAAACGGUCAUGGCAAGAGCGUUGUUUCUUCUCGGUUUGUGCUUGUUUGGUGAUGUUGCGAUUGCUCAGAAAAAUUUCAGACCGUCUAGAGGUCUGAAACUAAGUUUAAGUGAAGGAGGUGGUGGAGAAUAUGGCGGUGUUGGAGGCUUCGGAAGCGAAGGAGGAAGUGGAGGAUAUUUUCAAAGCUGGAUUCCGAUGAACAGCGGAAACAGUGGAUUUGGCGGCAAAGGCGGCUUCUCCUUUAUAGACAGUGGAUUCUCCUUGAGUUCCAAUGGUGGAGGAGGAAGUAAUGGAGGAGGAAAUGGAGGAGGAAAUGGAGGAGGAAAUGGAGGAGGAAAAAGUGGAUCUGGCAACGAAGGCGGUUUCUCCUUUGGAGGAUUCUCCUUGAGUUCUACUAAUGGAGGGGGAAGUAGUGAUGGAGGAAAUGGAGGCGGAAAAAAUGGAGGAGGAGGAAGUGGUGGCAAUGGUAAUGGAUCUGGCAACGAAGGCAGUUUCUCCUUUGGUGGAUUCUCCUUGGGUUCUACUAAUGGAGGGGGAAGUAGUAAUGGAGGAAGUGGAAACGGAAAAAAUGGAGGAGGAGGAAGUGGUGGCAAUGGUAAUGGAUCUGGCAACGAAGGCGGUUUCUCCUUUGGUGGAUUCUCCUUGGGUUCUACUAAUGGAGGGGGAAGUAAUAAUGGCGGAAAUGGAAACGGAAAAAAUGGAGGAGGAGGAAGUGAAGGCAGUGGUAGUGGAAGCAGUGGUAAUGGAGGUAGUAGUAAUGGAGGAGGAAAAAGUGGAGGAGGAAGUGGUGGAGGUGGAUUACCUAUCGAAUUAGACGAAUUCGAAACCCUUUCCCACGGCGGGGGUAGCAGCAGUGGCAGUAGCAACGGCGGCAGUAAUGGCGGCAGCAACAACGGCGGCAGCAGUAGUGGAGGCAACAGCGGCGGCAGUAAUGGCGGCAGCAGCGGUGGUGGGUUCAGCGAAGGACAGGAAUUCUUCUUUGGUGGUGGAUCUAGCGGUCAUGGUCUCUCAUUCGACGGAGGAUCAAACGAAGGUCAUGGUCUCUACUUCGACGACUUAUCAAGCGGUGGUCACGGAUUUUCCUUCGGCGGUGGCCCUAGUGAAGGUCACGGUGUUCUUUUGUCACAUGGUCACGGUGAUUUCGGAGGACACGGACAUUUCGAUUUGAGUGGUAUCGGUUUAGAGCACGGUCCACAUUCGAGCGGAGGAUACGGAGGUGGAUAUGAAGGCGGCUUCGAAGGAUACGAAGGCGGUCAUGAUUCUCACGUUUACGAAGUCACAAAAACUGUUCCCUACCACAAAACCGUCAAAGUACAUGUACCGCAUCCAGUCCCUCACCCAGUCGCUGUACAUGUUCCUAUCAAAAUCCCCCAUCCCUACGCUGUAAAAAUCCCAGUACCGGUGAGGGUCGAAAAAACCGUUCAAGUCCCUGUCGAGAAAAUCGUCCGUUACCCAGUUGAAAAACCCGUCCCUUACAAAGUUAUUAAGAAAGUACCCUACCCCGUAGAACAACCUUACCCCGUUCCUGUACCCGUCUACAAGUACAAGACCGUCUACCACUCCAAGAGCACGCACAGAGGUCACCAUAAAUAUUCUCAAUAAUUUCUGAAAUCCAAUUGUUAUUGUUUUCUUGUUAUUUUAUUUAUUAAUUUAAUAUAUUG